CACUAGCAGAGAAAAAAGGUGUCUAAUGCUUGAUUUGAUCUCAAUCAUAGAUGAAUAUGAAUGUGUAUGUUACAAUAAAAUCAUAGAUAUAUAGAUAAUCAUAUAGAGAUGAACAAUUCUGAAAAAGAGAAUUCAUUGGCACUGAAUGUCAAUAUUAAGAACAAGAUUUCUGUCCAAUCUAAUGGAUCUAAAGCUCCACCAUCUCCUAAGCAACCUUUCUUCAUUGGUGUUGCUGGUGGAACUGCAUCUGGAAAAACAACCGUGUGUAACAGAAUAAAUAGUCAGUUUCGUGAUCAACGUAUUGUUAUCAUUAAUCAAGACUCAUUUUACCACUCAUUGAGUGACAAAAUAUUACAAAAAGUUAAUGAUUACAACUUUGAUCAUCCUGAUGCAUUUGAUACAGAGCUUAUGCUUUCAAGUGUGGAGAAAUUAAAACAUGGACAAGUUGUUACCUUACCAAAUUAUGAUAUCAAUAGCCAUAAGAGAAUUGAACCUCCACGCCAGGUUCACCCUGCAGAUAUCAUAAUUUUAGAAGGAAUACUAAUUCUUCAUGAUUCUCGUGUCCGAGAUCUUUUGAACAUGAAGAUCUUUGUUGAUGAAGAUUCUGAUGUGUGCCUUUCACGAAGGAUUGAACGUCUUGCCAUUGAACGUGGAAGGAACAUUCAAAAUGUUCUAGACCAAUAUUCCAGAUUUGUAAAGCCUGGUUUUGAAGAUUUUGUACUUCCUACAAAAAAAUAUGCUGAUAUUAUCAUCCCUGGUGGAGGAGAUAAUGAUGUUGCCAUUGACUUGAUUGUUCAAAAUAUUCGUACAAAGUUUGGCCAACAUGAUCUUUGUAAAAUAUAUCCAAAUAUUUUUGUCAUUUUUUCAACAUUUCAGAUAAAGGGAAUGCAUACACUAAUCCGUGAUGUCAGAACAACAAAGCAUGAUUUUGUUUUUUAUUCGGACCGUCUUAUUAGACUGGUUGUUGAACAUGGACUUGGUCACCUUCCUUUUACAGAAAAACAAGUCACAACACCAACAGGAUCUGUAUACUCUGGUGUAGUUUUCUGUAGCAGGCUAUGUGGAGUAUCAAUUAUUAGAAGUGGAGAAAGCAUGGAAAAUGCAUUGAGAGCAUGUUGUAAAGGAAUCAAAAUUGGUAAAAUCCUUAUUCAUGGACAUGGUACAAAUGGCAGACAGUUAAUCUAUGAGAAGCUACCAUCUGAUAUUGCAAGUCGACAUGUGCUGCUACUUGAUCCUGUUCUUGCCACAGGAAAUUCUGCAGUGAAAGCUAUCUCUCUACUACUCAAAAAGGGUGUAUCAGAAGCCAACAUCAUUUUUCUAAACUUAAUAGCAGCACCACAAGGAAUAAAUGCAGUUUGUGAAAGAUUUCCAAUGCUAAAACUUGUUACAUCUGAGAUUGAUGCAUCACUAAACGAGGAUUCUCGUGUCAUCCCCGGAUUGGGGGAGUUUGGCGAUCGUUACUUUGCCACUGAUGAUUAGAUCAAUAGAAAAAUUUGAAAUUGUGGCAGACAAAAAUAGACAAAAUUCAUCUCUAAUCUUAUUGUUACGUGUUAGAUGCUAAGUUAAAAGAUUAA